AUGCAUGCGGACUAUGACGGAGCGACCAGGCAGAUGGUGGGAACGUUAUGGAAACCUGGUUACACGCCCAUGUUCAUAGAGACACUCCAAGAAUUGUGGCAGUGGACAGCCCUGAAGAAAUGUCUCGUGCUCAUCGGAUAUGGAGUGGGCCACCCACGCCUUCGCACCGCAAACUCGGAAGGGCUGACGGCUUUGGACCUGGCCAUUCAGCGCUCCGAAAGCGAGGAAAGAGCUUUGAGAAAAGACCAAGACACACCAAAUGUGCAAUACGAAUACUGCCCCUACAGGUUCGUCGGCCACUUAUUGUUCAACUUGAUACAGCCCGCGAUCAAGGACCCCGCAAGCCUGCCGGCGCUGCUGGAUAAGGCGGACCAGAAGUACUUGUCUGCGAAGCUGAGGGAAGUGAUUGUGUCGAAGCCGCAGUUGGCCUUUGAGAUGGUGACUGCUGGCGUGGACCUCACGGAUGUGAAGGAGAACUGGUUUGAGAUUCACUAG